UCCAUUACCCACCCCACCAACCGUCCCAGUUCAACCCCACACCGCACCCAUCCCCGAUCCAGAUUCCCUCCACCUCCUCUCCUCUCCUCUGCCGCCGGGAUCCCCUCCCGGUUCUUCUCCGGAAAGGGGAAGAGAAGCAGUGUGUGUCGGCGCGGCGGAGCAAUGGCGGACAAGCCGAGCCGGGCGCUGGUGCUGUACGCCGCCGACCACGCGGCGCUGCUCGCCGGGGGCGGAGGGGGGAAGGGCCAGCUCGACGCGUUCGCCUCCAUCGCCUCCUGCGGCUUCCUCUCCGUCCGCACCCCCGCGGUCAACGAGGAUGGAGGGGACAGGAACAGCGACUCGAUUCUCGAGCUGGCGCAGCUGCUCGACGUGUACGAUGCCCUCUACCCUGCCAAGGAUGGGGAAAUUGCCGGAGCUAGUAGUCCCCAAGCUAUCCGAGAGGUUCAUGGGGCUGAGAGCUGCUAUGGUCAGCAAUUGCCCCAUGAAAUGCUACAUCAGUCUAUGUGCCAUUUUGUUGUGUUACGCAGUCAACCAUGGAGCAAUGUAUUGUACAAUGAAAGCACAUCUGUGUACAAUGACACGUCUAGACUUACACAAAUAACUUUAUUAUGCAUAUCCUGCAGGAAUCAUCAUCCAAUGCUACUGGCACAGUGGCAACAAGGAGUAACACGUUCUGAUUUGGCCAAGGAGUUCUCUUUUGAGGAAUUUAUGAAGGUAUGUGACAGAUUUAUUGCCCGUAAGCUUGUGCAACGGUUUUAUGACAAAGCCCUUGCGUUUGGUCUAAAGGGCUAUGCAAAGCUGCUUGUGGUGGCGACGCUGACGGUCGUCGAGAGGUUCGUGGACUGGAUGGUGUCGUGGCUGCCGAUGGAUUCCUUCGUCCGCUGGUGGUGAGGCACGAGCACGACAUCGAUCGAGGCCUGCUGGAGCUGAGGGUCAGGGCGAGGGACGUGACGGCGUCACAACUCAAGGCGGCGGCCGCCGUCGGUCAGGUGUGGCUCGCGAGGCUGCUCGGUGUGUUUCGUCGCAGCUACAGGCCACGUGAUCAGGCCGGGCAGGCUUCGCACAUUGACUAGGCACACAACACUAUGUGAUAGGAAUUAUACAUGAGUUGCCGCUAGCUACAAUGAGAAAUUGUGUGAUGGUGGAUACAACAAUUGUGUGACAAAAUGGAAUUGCUUCAUUUUUUUUAA